CAAUAACUUUUUUUAUUAAAUAUUUGUAAUAAAUGAAUUGUUUUUUUUUAUCGAAUUAUUGACAUUGAUAUAAAUUGUCUUGAUUAAUUUUAGAUUUGUAAGUUACAAGUUGAAUAUGACUGAAAGUAAUGAUAAAACAACAAAAAGUUCCAAUCCAACAGAUGACGAAGACGUAACAUUUUUUUUUUUUUACGAUUUAGUUAAGCAAUUGGUCUUAAAACGUUAUGAUAUCGGAGAUGCGUGUGUAUUAUCAAGCUGGUUGAAAGCGUUGGAACAAAAUAAAAAUAAAACUGUUCGAAAUGAAUAUAUUAAAUUAAUGACGAUAGCAUUGCAAUAUACAGAACCAAUCUGUCCAUUUAAAGACCCGCCUCCUGAGAUAAUUGAUCCCUUGGAAAACGGAGUGAUCGAAAUGGCAAGGAAAUUCUUAAAGAAAGAAGGCACUGCUACGUGUAUUGGAGAUAACGAAUACGAUUUCAAGGAGACUCAUCCUACAAUUAGCACAGCAAUGUCUAAUGACAAAUGCCAAUAUGCUUCAUAUCAAGUUAUACCAAACGUUGGUGUUCAGAGUUAUUACGCCUUUUCGGACGAACCAAUGUAUAAUUGGUCUUUACCAUCACAAAUAACAGUCCCUAAAAGUGGUCCACAUGCCACAGAUAUUGAAUGGGAAAGAGCAUUAGCAGGUAUUAAAUUUAUCAAACCUAGCACAGACAAUGCACAACUUCCGAAAACCCGAAAAACGGCUACUGCUAAAGAGAACAAUGAAGAGAGCGAAUUUAAAUCAUUAGUUUCUGGCAGCAGAGUAUCUAAAAAAAAGUCAGAUAGAGUGAAAGAAAGUGGGGAAAAUAAAGAAAUUUGCAAUGUUAUGAAUAUAAACCAACAAAACCGAAAUGUGACUGAAGUAUUCGAAUGGAAUGAUGCUAGUUUAUUAACUGGAGAGAUAAAACUUGGUGCAGAAAUGUGUGCCGAUCGAAAAGUUGAUGCUCAAGUUAAGACACAAAUAGAACUUGACAAGGAAGCAUUUAAUGCCUACGAUAAACUUUAUCCUGGCGAUUUCAUGAUAAACGUAGAACAGUCGGUUAUCAAUGAUAUAAUUCCAAUGAAAACAAACGUUGUUACGGAGGCUGGCGAUAAAAAAACGACCAAAGAAGAACAACAACAGCAGCAACAGCCGCCGGCACAAGACGGCGGUGGCUGCGGUGGCGCGAGGUCAAAACAACGCGAGUGCCCACGGCCGAAAUUGUGCACGUUACGGCAGAGCGCCGGUCACGGAAACGUCGAACCGCCGGCCGAUGAACGCCGGUACGUUGUCGACAAGUCGUCGUUGGACCGUCAGCGGCAGCGGAUCUCCGAACUAAAGCGCAAACUGGCCUCGCUGAAUGCCAUCGACGGUCCCACGAGCAGCUACGGCGAGAGCCGUCACAACAUGGUAGCCGAUCCGCUGGCGAGACGUCCGAUCCCCGCCGACGACUACCGCGUCGCGUCGUCCGGACGUCGCGUUCGGGGUGGCGACGACAACGACGACUGUAGCAGCGCCGGUGCCGCCGCGAGACCGGCUCGAUCCGCCGAACGGCACCACGUGGACAGCGGGUUGCUGUUUAAGAGGUCGGAACUACGGAGCAUGCUCGACUUCACCGGCGAGUGUUUUGAGGAGGCGAGCUCGAUGUUGCGGAGCAGACGUAACAACCCGAAAAGCGUUAGUCUGGCGCAGCUGAACGAGAGGUCCGCGAAGAGACGCGGCGGCGACGAGUCUGACGAACCGCCUUCGGACGCGUGAACGAGUGCACGACAUACAAUUUUAUAAUAUUAUUAUAAUAUCCGUGUUCACAUUUCGUCGGAAUAAAACGUGUAAUGGAGGGUCGUCGUCACCUCUCUAUCUAACAAAAA